CAUCGCAUCGUUUGCCAGGUCAAAAAGUAAAAAGCGAGCAAGUUAGGUGGCCAAAGAUUUUUUUCUUCCAUCUCAUCUAGUGAGUGACCGCCAUUAAAGCGAGACAAAAGAUUGCAAAGUGCUAUUUCUACGUGCGUGGUGCAAAAGUGAAUCGUAAAUAAGUGGAUUUUAGCGGGACUGCCAACGUUCCGAAUCGGGCACCGUUUGCUGCAGCUUCCAUAAGGAACCGUUUACGGCCAGAUUGGGCCAGUUCCGUGCUGGUUUACCAGAUUUUUUCUUCGGCUGACCAGUUACAACAAAAGGCUUCAAAAUUGAGGCCACGGGAGCAUUUACCGGACCUAUCAUGUUCACUACUAACAACAUCCAGGCCGGUACACCGGUCGGGAUACAGUACCAGACGACUACGGCGGAUGUAAGCAAACAGGUCAAAAUUGACGGACAGAAAGCGACCCAGCAGACACCGGAGUUUUCUACGUUCUAUGCUAACGUCAAUAUGAUACAGAAGUUGACACCGACGUCGCAGGCUCUUAGCACAGUGAAUCUGGCCCAGCUAGCAGACGACACGAAGACCGUACAGUAUUUGCAGCCGUUCAGUUAUGCGAACUGUGCCCUUGUCAAUCAGAUGCAGAUUCCGAAUGGUGUUACUGGAAUAACCGUGGACGGCCGACAAUUGGUGGUUAAUAAACCGAUCGCCAAUACUAUCUCCAACAUAAGCUUCAAGUGCGAUGUGUGCGGAUUGAUGUUUAACCAUUUAACUUUGCUGAACCAUCAUAAGCGAACUCACAAUCAGGAUGGGGAAUCAACCUCGGAUGCCAUUACUGUUGUAACACAACCGCAGAAUCUUGUACAGGCACAGAACAUCAUUUCAGAAACGGGCCAAAAUCUUGGUCAGAUACAGAUUGUUGCCACAGAAGCAUUGGACCCAGCCCCGCAAUCAGUUCAGCAACAAUUGGAACAACAACAUCAACAACAACAGCAGCAGCAGCAGCAACAACAACAACAACAACAACAGCAACAACAACAACACCAACAGCAACAGCAUCAACAAGUGGUCCACGUGACUCAUGUUAAACAGGAAAAGAUACAGAAAUGUAUCACCUGUGGAGGGCCCAUCCAGAACAACCCCAAACGCAAGGGCCCGAAGUUAAUUCGUUGCGAAACUUGCAUCAGCAACGAUAACGCCCACAAUGUGGCCAGACCAACGCAAAUCUUCGUCGCCCCAGAUGGUGACAUCAAGUUCGAGAUCGGUGAAAUUCCCAACGCCUCGAGCAGUAACUCGUCGAUGGAAUCGUUGAUGCCGACGCAGAUUACCACCAUCAAAACCGAACAUAACCCAGCCCCGGCCGCGAUGGCGGCACAUCCGGUCAAAAAGCGAAAUCUGGCCACCGUCACCAAAUGCAACAAGUGCAACGGAUCCGGUGUGAUAAUCGUCGGCGGUCAGAAGAAGCAUUUACACCAGAACGCAAAUGCCGUUCAUCAGCAUCAGGCACAAGAAAAGCCAUUCACGUGCAAUACCUGCGGAGGACGCUUCUCGCGCUAUUCCAGUCUGUGGUCGCACAAGAAACUGCACUCCGGUGAAAAGAACUAUAAAUGCGGAAUUUGCGGGAUUGCGUUCGCUAAGGCGGUCUACUUGAAGAAUCAUACUCGGAUACAUACCGGAGAAAAGCCGUACAAAUGCGGAACUUGUGGAAUGCAGUUCUCGCAGUCUCCCCAUUUGAAAAAUCACGAAAGAACGCACAGCGGUGAAAAGCCAUACGUUUGUGAGGUAUGCGACAAAGGUUUCGCCCGUCAUGCCACGCUCUGGAACCAUCGUCGUAUCCACACCGGUGAGAAACCCUACAAGUGUAAUCGGUGUCAAUCAGCAUUCAGUCAAGCUGCUCAUUUGAAGAAUCACGAAAAGGUUCAUUCUGGAUUGAAACCGUUCAAAUGUGACAUUUGUUCAGCGGCAUUCGCUGAUCGAUUCGCUCUGAAGCGGCAUCGGGGAAUUCAUGAGAAAUACGGUCAAACCGCCCCGUUGCAUCAAAAUCAGAUCGUUCACAAGGAGGAAAUAAUCGAAAUGGACGAGAGAUCCGGUGAAGUGGUGAUAAAUACUAUGUAAGCACGCAAAUUUCGAGCAUGGAUUGAUCGAUGAUUGAAUUCGGGCGUCAGCCAUAUCCAUCGGAAUUGUCGGACUACUAUCGCCGGACGCGUUUGCUAAACAGUGAUUCUUUAUUUUUGUUUGUUUUGGUACUAAACAUUGAACAGAGUUAGUCAGAUUGUAGGGUAAUUUUUUAAUGUUCACCUUCAUAGAAAUCGGUGAACUCAAUUGUGAAGUUCACGUUCGAGCAACAACAUUAUUUCGAAGCCAUAUUUAAAACAUUUGCGUAAUUGUUUAUUUUAAUUUCUAACUUCGAUAAUAGUGAUAAAUGAUUUUUAAUCGAAUAUGAAUAAAAGAAACUUGAUGAAAAGUUUUAAGGAGAUAUCAAUAGUUUUAUUGCAGAUUUUUCAGAUGUAAAGUAUUUCACAUUUGGUGCGUGUUAUGUGUAUCAGAACUAACUUACUGCUGAACACUUCUGUAAGAUAAUGAUGAAACUGGAACCACACAGCAAACAUAGAUUUAUAGAUAUAGAUCUAAUUUAAUCUUCGAUAAGCGAUCGUUGUAUAUAGGAUCAAUAUGAAUGAUGAAUCGCGAAGUGCAGUUUCCAGAUUUGUUUUCGUUCAUAGUCUAAGUUCUUAUAUUCGAUAUAAUAUCCUUUAGUACAGUUUACCACAUAAGCUAUUCUUGAAUUCGUUGGCUGACAGCGACGAAAUUAGCAGCAGUCGUACAAAUUAGCUUUGGAAUAUAGACUAUAGCCUUAUUAUUUCCAUUUUUGUACAUACAACUAAUACUGUUCAUUCUGUUUUCAAGUUAAUGUAUAAAUGGCAAUACAUUUUCAAAAUAAAGUUA